ACUUGGACGUGGCAAACCGCUGCGGCUGCCUCAUCAUCUUCUUCUCAGACUCGCUCUCUGUCACACUCUGCCCACGAGAAAGAAAGAAAGAAAGAAAGAACUGAUUGCCUGACUCGACCGAGUUGAUUUUCACUCGCUUAAAAGUGGACUCCAUGGAUCCUUCUCGUGCUUUUGUGACAAAUGUCAAGCGUCUCAUUGUCAAGGUGGGAACAGCAGUGGUGACUCGAGCUGAUGGGAGAUUAGCGUUGGGGAGGCUUGGAGCUUUAUGUGAGCAGCUUAAGGAACUAAAUUCUCAAGGCUAUGAGAUUGUUUUGGUCACUUCAGGUGCUGUUGGUCUUGGUCGCCAAAGGCUUAGAUACAGGAAAUUGGUUAACAGCAGCUUGGCUGAUCUUCAAAACCUACAAUUUGAACUCGAUGGGAAGGCAUGUGCUGCUGUUGGGCAGAGUAGUUUAAUGGCUCUUUACGACACCUUGUUUAGCCAGCUUGAUGUCACUUCGUCACAACAUCUCGUGACGGAUAGUGAUUUUAGGAGUGUUAGUUUCAGAAAGCAACUCUCUGAAACAGUGCAAUCAUUACUAGCUUUGAAAGUUAUUCCUAUUUUCAAUGAGAAUGAUGCAGUCAGUACUCGAAGAGCGCCUUAUCAGGAUUCUUCUGGGAUAUUCUGGGACAAUGACAGCCUGGCAGGUCUCUUAGCUCUGGAACUGCAAGCUGAUCUCCUUGUUUUGUUGAGUGAUGUGGAUGGCCUCUAUAGUGGACCACCAAGUGAUCCAAACUCAAAGCUGAUCCAUACGUAUAUAAAAGAAAAACAUCAAGGAGAAAUAACGUUUGGAGACAAGUCCAGGCUGGGUAGAGGGGGUAUGACUGCAAAGGUUAAUGCUGCUCUCUGUGCAGUUUUUGCUGGUAUCCCUGUUGUUAUUACUAGUGGCUAUGCCACUGACAACAUUAUAAAGGUACUCCAAGGAAAGCGAAUUGGAACCCUAUUUCAUCAAGAUGCACACUUAUGGACAUCAGUUAAAGAAGUUGGUGCACGUGAGAUGGCAGUUGCAGCACGGGAUUGUUCUAGACGACUUCAGGCACUGCACUCUGAGGAUAGGAGGAAAAUUUUGCUGGACAUAGCUGAUGCCCUUGAGGCGAAUGAAAGUUUGAUUAAGGUUGAAAACGAAGCUGAUGUUGCAGCUGCCCAGGAUGCUGGAUAUGAGACCUCACUAAUAUCUCGUUUGGCUUUGAAGCCUGGGAAGAUAGCUGGUCUUGCAAAAUCCAUUCGUGUACUUGCUGACAUGGAAGAGCCUAUUGGUCGUGUUUUAAAGAGAACAGAGCUUGCAGAUGGACUCAUCUUGGAGAAAACAUCAUGUCCUCUUGGUGUCUUGCUGAUUGUAUUUGAGUCUCGACCUGAUGCCCUUGUUCAGAUAGCUUCACUAGCCAUUCGAAGUGGGAAUGGCCUACUGCUGAAAGGUGGAAAAGAAGCUAAGCGGUCAAAUGCAAUCUUGCACAAGGUCAUUACUUCGGCCAUCCCAAAUAAUAUUGGAGAUAAACUUAUUGGACUUGUGGCUUCAAGAGAGGAUAUUCCUGAUUUACUUAAGCUUGAUGAUGUGAUAGAUCUUGUGAUCCCCAGAGGCAGCAAUAAGCUAGUUUCUCAAAUUAAGAAUUCAACAAAAAUUCCUGUUCUUGGUCAUGCUGAUGGAAUUUGUCAUGUUUAUGUUGACAAAUCAGCUAAGGCGGAUAUGGCCAAGCAAAUUGUUCUGGAUGCAAAGAUAGAUUAUCCUGCAGCUUGUAAUGCUAUGGAAACACUUCUAGUACACAAGGAUUUGUCGAAUAAUGGUUUGCUCAAUGAGCUUAUUGUGGAACUCCGGCAUGAAGGUGUUAUCCUGUAUGGUGGACCAAGAGCGUCUUCUUUAUUAAAUAUUCCAGAGGUGCAUUCAUUUCAUCAUGAGUACAAUUCAAUGGCUUUCACAAUUGAAAUUGUGGAUGAUGUGCAGGCUGCCAUUGACCAUAUACAUCAACAUGGAAGUUCUCAUACUGAUUGCAUUGUCACAGAAAAUCAUGAGGUUGCUGAAAUUUUCUUAAAUAGAGUCGACAGUGCUGCAGUAUUUCAUAAUGCAAGCACCCGAUUUUGUGAUGGAGCAAGAUUUGGACUUGGUGCUGAGGUUGGGAUAAGUACUAGCCGGAUCCAUGCCCGAGGUCCUGUCGGAGUUGAAGGAUUGUUAACAACUCGAUGGAUUUUGAGAGGGAGUGGCCAGGUGGUUGAUGGAGACAAAGGGGUUAUUUACAGCCACAAGGAUCUUCCCCUGCAACUUCAAUUAUAGUCUGUUCCAAGAGAUGCGAGGAAAAUGUUGAUUUUUUUUUUUUUCACUUUCCCAUGCUUACUGUUAGUUUCUAUCUUGUAAUAUAGUACUGCAGAACUGCUUGUGUAACUGCGCAUGGCGUUACUAUAUUUUUUUUUUCACCCUUAUCAAGAUCAUCUUUCCAGAAUUUUAUUGUCUGGAUCAUGCUCAGCGCAGAGCCCUGUAUAAUUACCUCCUUUAAUGGAUAAGCAUUUUAAAAUGCAGUUUCUAA